GUUUGUGCCACUCUUAGUUAAUUAGACUUUAAUCCUUUAGCACGAUAUUAGAAGUAGACCUUUGCAACUGUAAAAGCAUUUUAUAGCCAUUUUUUUCUGAUAGUUUGCGAGUGAGGGCUUUACUCUGAAAAUAUACACAGGAAGUGCUUUUUUAGUGCUGCACGCUUGUGUUGCGUUCACACCUGAGGAGAGAGAGGGGCUCAGCAUCCCUCUUGCGUCCUGCAGGAGUGUGUCGCGGUCCCUGUGAGGAAAGCUGGACUGAGCGGAGGAUACUGAACCGACAACAUGUCCUGUCUCCACAUCAGAGGGAUAUUUCUCACUCUGUGUUUGGCUCCGGCUGCUUUGUCGAGCCUGCACCCUGAAUGUGAGUUCAUAUUUCAGCUGGAGAAAGAAGAGCGUAACUGUCUUCAGUACAUUGCAGAGCAGGGCAACAGAAGCACAGAAGGGUGUUGGCCGUUCUGGGAUGCAGUCCUCUGCUGGCCUCCUGCAGUCAUUGGGGAAACAGUCCGCAGUGCUUGUCCUGCGGUCUUCUCCCUCUUCAAAAACAACACAGGUUCAGUUAGUCGUAACUGCACCAGUGGAGGUUGGACCAGACCUUCUCCACCGUACCAUAUCGCCUGCAGCGUGGAUGAUGACAUUCCUGAGACAGAGCAGGCAUACUUCGCCACAGUGAAGCUCAUAUACACCAUUGGCUACAGCAUCUCUCUGGCGGUGCUGGCUGUUGCUGUGUUGAUCCUGUUGCUCUUCAGGAGGCUACGCUGUGCAAGGAACUUUAUUCACAUCCAGCUCUUCAUGACAUUUAUCUUGAAGGCCGUGGCAGUGUUCAUUAAGGAUGCUACACUGUUCUCAAGUGAUGACAUCAACCACUGCACCCUUUCUACAUUUGCUUGUAAGGCCUCUGUGGUCUUCUGUCACUACUGUGUAAUGGCCAAUUUUUUCUGGCUCCUGGUGGAGGCGCUCUACCUCAAUUCCCUGCUGCUUUCGUCCUUCUAUCACAGUCGCCGGUGCCUCUGGGGCUUCAGCCUGCUGGGAUGGGGUGUACCUGUGCUCUUCAUCAUCCUGUGGAUUGGAUCCAGAUUGUACUUUGAGGACACAGAAUGUUGGGACAUCAACGAGGACUCACCCUAUUGGUGGAUCAUCAAAGGGCCAAUUGUUGUGUCUAUAGCGGUCAAUUUUAUGCUCUUCAUGAACAUUGUCAGAAUCCUGAUACAGAAGCUCAAUCCUCGGCUGAUCCAGUUCAAUAACUCCUCUCAGUACAGACGCCUGACUAAGUCCACCCUCCUUCUCAUCCCUUUGUUUGGUACUCACUACAUGUUCUUCAAUUUUCUGCCCGACUACUUCAAUGUUAAUCUGCGCCUCUGUAUUGAGCUCUGCAUGGGAUCCUUCCAGGGGCUUCUCGUUGCGGUUCUCUAUUGCUUUCUCAAUCAAGAGGUCCAGAAAGAGGUCCAUGUGCAUUGGCUGAGGUGGCAGGAGAGGAGCUAUGGUGUGGUGUCACCUGCUGCAAAGGGCAGCCAGAUGGACACACCCUUCUAGUGGUGUCCUGACCGGUCCUCACCCUCUACCUAUAAGACUUCUGCCAAUCGGACGCAUAUCCAUCAUCGUCUCUAGUGGGCUGUACAGUAUGCAUAACACCAGUGAUUGUCAGCCAAGCACCAUUGAAGCCUGAGUCUAUAUGUUUUUAAAUGUAUCACAGACUGUUUUAGUGAGUGCAUUCCUUCAGCCUGAGUGGACGUGAACUUUCCUGUGGAGAAUGUUUCUGAAAUCUCAUGACAUUUCACAUGCACACUUCAAGACAGGUCCCACCAGUUUUAUAUCCUUAUCUGUUUGCACACUGUGGCAACAACUUUAGAAAGGUCAGCUUCAAAAUUACCUUCGAGGGCUCACCGAUCAAAUUAAAGUGUGUAAGAGAGGCAAGGUUCCCCAAGGGACCUUGGCUUGGAAAAAAAGUGAAUGAUAGUUAAUAAGGUAACACAAGUAUUUUGAUAAUAAUAAUUUGAUCCUGUUUGAAUUGUGCCACGAAUUCCACAAAUGAUGUUUAUCAGUUUAAAAGAAAGACAGUCACUGUCACACUUUCAUGGCACAAUGCUGAUGACCACUUUACUGUUUACUUCAAAGGCUAAAGCCAAUAAAGCGUGAUGUGUCCUGUCAUGUCGUGUUCCACCUCAACGAUAUGAAAGUCUCUACAUCUCCACCACCACCUGCAAGUCAGCAAAGGACCAUGUAGGAUACUGUAUGUAUCACGGAAUUAUUUCUAAAUUGUUUAAGGAAUGCUAAAAUGUUGUUAAUAAUUUCACAUAUUCCCUUAAUUACCAAAUUUGUGGAGCUCACUUUGAUGGGAUUAGCAUUUGUAUUCUUUAUGUCUUACAAAUCUGAUGAAACAACAUAAAAAAUAUUGAAUUACUACUGAGUUCUGCACUGGCCAGAUUCUUUUUUAUCAUAAGUGAAACAUUUGCCUUAUACUUUAUGUAUGAACUAGUUGCUGUCAGACUGUUGUUUUGCAAUGACUUUCCUCUGUUGUUUCAUCUGGAUGUUUCUGCUUUCCUCGUGCCUCUUUCUGUGAUGUCUUUUUGUGAUGCCUUGUGAAAAAAUAACGGCUUCCUGCAAGUUAAAGCGUAAGAAUUUUUACUAAGCUUCAUCAUGGCUCUAAGCAACCUCUUACACAAAAUGAAGAUAUCAUUGAUGGGCAGCUGAAACAUUGUUCAUAACCUUGAUCACAAGGAAGCUGUGUAAUUCAUAAAAACAGUAUAAAAGUAGUUUGUAAAAUGUCUCUUUUGCCUCAUAAGGAAAACCUUAAUAAAUGUUAUUGUUAA